AUGGGUGCUGCCAGACGGCAGCAGAUAAGCACGUACCUGCGCUUCUCCAAGCACACGCAGCUGGCCUACCGCCGCACACUCCGGGCGCGAACCUUCCGAAGCAGCCCUGAGCGGAAGGGGGACGCCACGGGGCAGACUCCCCUCCACCGGGGCAGCUUCCCCAGGGCGGUGGGGAGCACCCGGUUACAGCAGCGUGACGAAACCGUCGGGUCUCCGCAGCCCUCCCGAAAGCCGCGGCCUGACCAUGAGCAGAUCGCCGAAUUCAAGGAGGCUUUUUCCCUUUUCGACCGGGACGGAGAUGGCUGCAUCACCACGAAGGAGCUGGGCACUGUCAUGCGCUCACUGGGGCAAAACCCCACCGAAGCGGAGCUGCAGGACAUGGUGGGGGAGGUGGACGCCGACGGCAGCGGCACCAUCGAUUUCCCCGAGUUCCUCUCUCUGAUGGCAAGGAAGAUGAGGGACACGGACAGCGAGGAGGAGAUCCGGGAGGCUUUCCGCGUCUUUGAUAAGGAUGGCAACGGCUACAUCAGCGCGGCAGAGCUGCGGCACGUCAUGACCAACCUGGGAGAGAAGCUGACGGACGAGGAGGUGGACGAGAUGAUCAAGGAGGCCGACUGCAACAAUGACGGGCAGGUCAACUACGAGGAGUUCGUGAGGAUGAUGACGGAGAAGUGA